GGGAACUCCACCGGUGGAGAGAUCUGGGGAUGCAUGGACACGGCUAUGGGUGAUUAGCUGCAAAACAAGCCUGGAUAUGCGCACAAAAAGUGUGGAUAAGUGAGUUUCCACAGGAUGGACACUGCGGAGGUGAUUCUCUCUGUGUUGGUGGUUGUGAUUAUCAUAGUGUCGUUGCUGUCCAACGUCCUGGUGCUGAUCUGCUUUCUGUACAACCCGGAGAUCCGCAAGCAGGUCCCCGGUCUGUUCAACCUCAACCUCACCUUCUGCAACUUGUUGCUGACGGUGUCCAACAUGCCGCUUACUUUGGUGGGACUUGUCAGCAAGGCUCAGCCGGGAGGAGACAGCUUCUGCCAGAUCGUGGGCUUCCUGGAGACCUUCCUGUCCACCAACUCGAUGCUGAGCAUGGCAGCUCUGAGCAUCGACAGGUGGAUCGCGGUGGUGUUCCCCCUGAGGUACCACUCCAAAAUGCGCCAUAAAGACGCGGCUUUAGUGCUCGGGUACACGUGGGCGCACUCCAUGUCCUUCUCCACGGUGGCCACAUGCCUCUCCUGGGUGGGAUACCACCGGCUUUACGCGUCCUGCACCCUGUCCAACCCGAGGGCGAGCAGCCGGACCCAGUUUGUUAUCUUCACCGUGUUUUUCCACUCCUUCACCUUUCUCCUGUCUUUUAUAGUGCUGUGUGUCACAUACCUUAAAGUGCUUAAAGUGGCAAGGUUUCACUGUAAGAGGAUCGACGUUAUUACAAUGCAAACUUUGGUACUGCUGGUGGACAUUCACCCCAGUGUUCGGCAGCGUUGCCUGGAGGAGCAGAAGAGGAGACGACAGAGAGCGACGAGGAAGAUCAGCACCUUCAUCGGCACCUUCAUGCUCUGCUUCGCUCCUUAUGUGAUCACAAGGAUCGUGGAGUUAUUUCCAGCGGUGCCUAUCAACCCCCACUGGGGAAUUGUCUCCAAGUGCUUAGCUUACAGCAAGGCAGCCUGCGACCCCUUCGUGUACUCCCUGCUCCGGCACCAGUACAAGAAGACGUGCACUGACAUCAUCAACAGGCUGCUGAAGCGUAGCUCCUUGAACGCAUCCGGGCGCGUGCACGACCACCAAGUCAACAGCAUACCUACUGCAGAGUGACAGGAAGCGGACUGACACGGUCAGGAGGAGGCUUGACCCGACACCCGUCAGGGAAAUAUGAGGCUGAUUUAUUGUCGAUGAAGAGAAAGAACUAAUAUUGGUUGUUCCUGUCCACGUCUGCUCGAAUUUGGUCUGACAAGCCAAAAAAGAAGGGACUACAGACAAGGGCAAAUUCCUGCACAGGAAUACCACUGUGCUUGCAUACUGAGUCCCCAGAGCGGCAGAUCUGUGCAGUGAACUUGCGAGGACAAUAAGCAACGGCUGAUUUCACAUCCACCUGGAGAGACAGAUGUGCUCACCCAAGAAGAACGGACAGUUCAUAGACUCAUUAUUCUAACUAGGGUAGCUCUCAGUCUGAUAUAAGAUAUAUUGUUGUUUUACAUGACUGUAGUAUAUAUUUAUAUUAUCUUUAAAAAAAACAGAAUAGGCAAUGGCUGUUUUAGUCAAAGUGUUUGCAAGUUGAUACACAGUAUGUAGCACUGAAAUUUAGCCAAACCAAAACUUGACAGUCCCAAAAUUACAGAUGACAACACACAGCAGACAGUUCUCACUCCCAACCCGUCAGAUAAUGAAGCAUUGUCAUUGUGGCCCUGCGCUUUAAAAUCAUAAGACUGUAUAAAAUAUAGACGGUUUCUGAAAACCAAAAAUGAAGCUCAAUGUGGGUGGAUGCGGUCGUCGCCAUUUUGGCAAUCCCGGACUCCUCCAAAUCCAAAAAGAGGUGGAGAGUGGGUAGAUGAGGCGGGCUGAAAGAAGUCUGAUUGCUGAAACAUGCCACCUGUGAUGGCACAUUCCUGUCACUCAAAACAGCCAGGGUCUCAAUUAUGCAUAAUUGAGCUUUAAUAUAAUAUAGAUUGGUGAUUUAUAUAAAUGAGCUAUAGAGAUCAAUACAUGUGUUUGUACCAGGCUUUAAGCAUAUUUAUUUCAGAGCAUGUUUAACAUGGGGAUCUAUGGGGAUUAACUCCCUUCUGAGCCAGCAUCAUGUGGCCAUUUGAGGAACUGCACUUUUUGGCUUUGUUUUUCAGCACAGGGGGUUGUCGCUUGUACAAAAUAUGUCCAGCUAGGUAUCCCUCUAGCAUCAGAUUUUGGACGUGAGGUUAAAAAAAAACCUUAGGUUUCGGCAUCAAAACUACUUUCUUAAUGUUAGAAAAAGAGUGCUUCUCUAUGAAGACGUAGAAUGUGAAGUUACUUCACAGAUUAAUUUAAAAUGAGAACUUUUGGUUUCACAUGGUACACAAACACCAGCCUCCUGGGUCAAAGGUCUGUCUUUGUUUGACUCAUUCAACACCGCUCCCACCCACCUAAAGUGAAGAGUAUUCGGUUUGUUGCUCUAACCGUCUCAUAUUGAUGGGGAUGGGUUGCCACUAGAUUUAUUUGAAAGUCUUUUGCACCUCAUGCACACACUAAAGGUGUCUCUACGCAUCCGUAUCCGAUGCCAGGGGGCACUGACCAGUUUUUGGAGAGUUGAGAGUGAGAACAGGUUGGCUGCAUAGCUUGGCUCAGGUUCUUUUGAGACUGGAUGGGGUAAAACACUCCCAAUUGAACAAAUUUAAGGUACUUUUAUUUUUGUAGGCUAUUGUCUUGUUGUGUGAGGGCCAUUGAAAGAAAAACGCAAGAUUAUGUGUUUUUCUGUGUUUCAUGUGCGUAAACACAUUGUGCUUUCAGCACCCAUUUUGAAGGACUUACUGACCCGGCCAAGCAGAUUUAACGAGAAAAAUAGGCCUUCAAACUGGCUGCCUUUGCUGUCAUGACUGACAUGUGCCCCUCAGGUUGUUUAGUCAAGUGGAGCGUGAUUGACUGUACUUGGCUGGGUUUAUACUCACAGAGAGGAGUAACCUCCAGAGACUGCUUCAUGCUUUCUCACACAUUUGGGCAAGAUGGACAGGAAAGGAAAAUGUACAUGAUGUCUUUCUUUUCCUUCACUUAGCAGAGUAAUCAGAUGUAAACUAAUGACAUCAUGUGAUAUUUCACAGCAAUGACAGCUGUCCAUGAAAAGUAAAAGAGAUUCCCGUUUCAUUAGGGUUGUGAUUUUGGUUCAGUUGUUUGUUUGUCAGCGGGAAAAAACUACUGGCUCGAUUAUCAUAAAGCUUGGUAGAAAGGUUUUUAAACAAAUAUACUUCGGAGCCAGUAAUCCCUACACGUUUUUAGGUAUAAGAAUGGCAAUAUCAUAUUUUUACUCUUAAAUUAAUUAAAUAAAUAUUCUGUAUAUUUAUUUGUUCCCAUUUAUUGUGCUAUAUAGUCGUUUCCCGGCCUUUCUUAAAGCCCAAGAGCCCUCUUUACUGACAGUGUUAUCUGACUCACUACAUGUCGUACCUAUUAUAUCUUUUUGUUCUGUAUCAGAAGACAGGCAGCUCUGUAUCAGAGGGCUUUCGACUGGGCUCCACUUGUUAUAGAGUUGACAUACUGUAGAUAGAAGUGCUGUAAUGCCUUAUAGUUCAGAAAACAGAAUACAGAACAAAUGUUUUUGGUGGAUUUAGAUACACAAUGUGUUACCGUAUGUAUCACACAGUGCCAAAAUGAUCAGUGAGACCCAGUGAGCCAAUUGUUAGUAGCUGCAAAAAACAUUUAUGUAAUUACUAAUUGAUAGACUUGUAUUUUGUGUUCAUGAGUUUAAGGAUUUAUGGAAGAGAAAUGGUUGUCUCGGAUAUAUGAUGCAUUGCAAAAUACUGUAUGACAAUCCAAGACAACCCAUGCCUUAAAUUCUGUAAUAUAAGAUGUUUUUUUUCCAUUCAUGAUGGCAUAAAAAUAUCUUGAACAAUAUAAAUAGAGUCAAUCAUUGCCUUAUUCACUUCUGUUCAUUGGCACAUAAUCAUCUAGAAUCUGUAUUUCUGCUUUACAUGGUAAUUUCUCGCUGAUGUUUUGCACUGAUGUUAGAUUAGUUAUUUUUCUCAUACACGACGGUGGAAAACAAGCUAGACAUGAGACAAUAUAAUAUGUCGAAAGAUUUAGAUAAAUGACAACGUGAAAAGUAUUUUUGUGUAUUUUUUGAUAUUAUGUAAUUUAUGACGACACUGUAUUUGUUUGAGUGUUACAGAAUGUGCUGCUUCACAUGCAAAUUCACUUUGAACUGUUGUUGAUAGGUGACAAUGAAUUGAGUGUAAUAUACCUCAUAUAUUGUGGCAACCGACUUGACUGCCUGAAGCGUUUUGUUAUGUACUUCCUAAUUUAUUAAACCAUUGGCUUGAUGCUGCUGCUGCUGCUACAGAUGGCUAAGCUGAAAAACAGUUGAUGAUGGCGGUGAUGUGACGAUGUAUGAGUGGCCGUAUAGACCAUUAUUCAUAU